AUGAAUCCCACUGAAGAUAUCAUCAAAGAAGGAGAUACAGUUGUUAUGUUUGGAUCUCGUAAUCAAUAUGAAAUUAUUCAAGUUAGUAAAGGGAAACAAUACCAUUGUAAAUAUGGUAUAUAUCCACAUGAGUUAUUAAUUGGUAAACACUACGGUGAUGAGAUAUCAAGUAAAGAUAAUAAAGGACAUAUGUAUGCCUUAGCAUUAACACCAUCGUUGUAUACAACUGUUCUUCAACACCGUACACAAGUAUUAUACCAUGAGACAAUAUCACCUGUAUUAUCAUAUUUUGAUAUUACUCCAAAUUCUAUUAUUGUAGAAUCAGGAACAGGGUCUGGAUGUUUAUCAGCAGCAUUUGGAUCACGUUUACAAUUUGGUAAUGAACAUGGUAAAGGACAUUUAUAUACAUUUGAAUUUCAUGAACAAAGAAAGAUUAAAGCAGAAGAAGACUUCAAAAUGCUUGGACUUGACAAAGUAAUUACAGUUGUAUUACGUGAUGUUGUACAAAAUGGAUUUCUUAUUGAUGGGGUGUUGCAUGAACAAGAAGCAGAUUGUGUGUUUUUAGAUUUACCAAAUGUACAUGAAGCAAUUACACAUGCAUAUAAUGUACUCAGAGUUGGAGGUAAAAUUUGUUGUUUCUGUCCAUGUAUUGAACAAAUACAAAAAUCAAGCCAAGAACUUAGAAAAGAUGGUAGAUUCACCAAUUUAUUAACUAAAGAAAAUGUUAUUAGACCAUAUUCAAUUAAAGGAGUUGGAAAAAGAAAUGAUGAUUGUAUGUCAAGUGAAAUAUUAUGUUGUCCAACAAAAACAAUUAAAGGACAUGUUGGAUAUGUAACAUUUGCUAUUAAAGCUAAGUGA